AGAAAGAGGAUUCGGGGUGUGUAUGAGAAAUUUAUCCGUCAACCCCUUCCGUGUAGAGUCCUUAAGGACUCUAUUCCGUGGUGCGAAUAGCCCUCGGAACGCACCGUGAUUGGCUGCGAGUGCGGCGUGGUCAGCCAAUCAAAACGCGCAAGCAUAACGGGAUGCCGGCUCGGGGCUCGGGAUCUCCUCGCUCUCGCACACACGGCUGGCACCUGGCACAGCAGACAGAGACAGCAGACGCUCUUCACUAAUUUGGCUUUGACUGGCUUAAAGAAAAGAAGACUGUUGAGGCGCUCACUAGGGAAGUUCGGAAAUUUAAAAGUCAGAAGCGGGAGCAGCAGUGUAAUGUGGAAUUUCAUCAAGACAGGAAGGAAGACAUUCGUCUUUAAGAAGUGUGCCUCAUCAGGCACUCUACGAUUAAUAAUCUCAGAUUUUAUCCACAUUUGGGUCCAAGAAAUGUCGGAUAGCACUCUGUUAGCUUUGUGUCAAGAGCAGAAUCCGCUAUUGGAGUUCAAUGAAGACGAGUUCUCCGCGCAGACCAUCUGGACGAUGGUCGACAACCAUCUUGGAAGCAGGGAAAAAGAAGACGGGUUUAGGUCCACUCUGGAUCUAGAUUUGGAAGAGGAUUCUUCUUUACAGUUAAAAUUUAAUAGCAAAAUGCAUGGUCAUCCUUUUAAACUAAAUAUGACUCUGUUACAAGAAAAUCCUAAUGUUUUAUUUAAUGAAGUCACGAGUCCGUUACUUUUAUUAUCUGAACUAUUAUUGGCUCAACAAGACCACCUUUUUUCUCUUUUGGAAAAAAAAGACCUUGAAAUUAAGCAGUACAAGCUGGAGGGUGCCACCUUGUCACGCCGGAAUAUAGAAACUACGCCUUUUCAAAGAAACGAAUUUUGGAGUAGUUAUCAAGAUAGCAAAGGCAAUUUAUCUGAAGAACUAAGCAAAGUUGUAGACGUUUUAAAUUUAGUAACACUACAACAACCCAAAAGUAGUGAGAGGGUCAUUCCAAAAGAGUCUGCUAGUAGCUCAGAAACAGCCCAGAUUCUGAGUCCAAUAAACAUUCAAAUGGAGGCAGAAGGUAAUGCUAAAGAAGAAGAAGAAGAGCAGUCUACCAUAGUAAGAUUACCCAAGAAAAAGAGAACCAAAUUGAAUAUUUAAUUUAUAACUGAUAAUUUAUGUGCCAUUUCAAUUUUAGUUAUCUUUGGCUAAUGUUUUAAGACAGUUUUAUAAGCAAUUUCAGUGGUAGUUAAUUUAGGCUGAAAGACAGUUUUAUACAAAAUGUUAAAUAAAUCACUAUUCAUUAGAGUCACAUUUUAAAAUUUAUUUUACCAUUGUACAAAAUACAUUUGUCGAGGAAAAAGACACAUUUUAUAAAAUUAGAAAGAAAAAGAACAUCAGAUUGAAGGAACUGUUUUAUGUAUACAGGCUAGUAAUGAACUGGACUUUCAAUAAUUGUAUUUUCUUACAUCACUGCAAUCUGAUCAAUAAAUAAAGACACAUAUGAGAUUA